AUGGCACUUACUGAGGAGUGUAGUUCUAGAAUUCGAAACAAGUUGCCUACUAAGUUGAAAUAUCCUGGGAGUUUCACAAUGCAAAUCAAAAUUGUUAAGUGCAUCGAUGCAAGAGGGUUGUGUGAUUUGGGCACAACAAGGCCAGACGGUAUUAUUGAGGAUGUAUUAGUGCAAGUGGGAUCUCUUAUUUUCCCCGUAGACUUUGUCAUCCUGGAUUUUGAGCCUGACCCAGAGGUCCCAUUCAUUUUGGGACACCAUUUCCUGGCUACUAGAGGUGCAUUGAUUGAUAUGGCGGCAAGUAGAUUGACAAUGAGGGCUCAUGACAAAGUAGAGGUUUUUGAUGUGUACAAAGCAAUGAGGUUGCCUGCGAUAUAUGAGGAUUGCCAGCAAUCACAAUCAUUGAUGAAGAAACAACAACCAACUUUGUCUGAAGUGCAGGUUGAAGCCUCUUUGGAAGUGUUGAAGAGGAGAAAAAAGGCGAUAGGCUGGUAG